UUAUCCUUUGCUAAAGAACUUACAAACUUUUAAGGAAAUUAUAAUCAAUGUCUAUUGAUUGAAACUUAGUUUCAAAAAUGGCAAAUUUUGGUAAUGAAGACGAAAGGUCUCAAGAUGGAAGUACGGCGAGCAUUUCUCGGCCUCUGACAAAACACUCAAAAGUGAUGAUUGUGUUCGAUUUUAUGGAACACUCACCUGGUAUUGGACUGAUUUCGCAUGUGGUAAAACCUGUAUUACCAGAAAUAGAAGAAGAUGCAGUUCCUUUGGUAAAAAUGUACAUUGAAAAACAUCGUAACCUUGCAAUCAGGUGGAAACCACCACUACCAACUGAUACAUCAUCUUGGCAUUUAACUCAGUACAGCAAUCUAGAAAGCUGCAAAAAUACAAUCAUCCGGCAAGCAACUGCAGUAUGCAUAUCAGAUGAUAAAGAUAUUUUAUCCAAUCAGCGGACUGCUCUUAUAAAAUAUAUGAUGAGCCAAAAUGAUCGAAGGGUAUCUGGACGUCCAAGAGCUCGAACUCAGUUACAGUAUCUCACAAACAUGGAACAGCUGUCUACUGCCUCUAAUACGAGUCUUGAUGAAAAUGUUGAAAGUUCAGAAGCAGAACCCUUAACAAAUCAAAAAGCAACUUACGAGGAUGUUGAAAGAGAACUAGCUGAAAGCGACGCCAAAAGGAUAAAACUUGAAAUUGACCAAAGGGAAAUGCAACAAAGGAUCAUUGCUCUCGAAGAAGAAAUAAAAACACUAAAAGAAGAUCCAGUUCGCAAUACUUACUUCAACUGUUCGUGAGCACACUGUUAUUAUUCAAAGGUUCAUAGACGGAUCAGCAACAGAUCGACCAACCGUUGGCCAACUUCCUGGUACACCAAGACCUUCUCCUGGUUCAAAAGUUUCAACAACACCUGAUACAUUUACUCC